AUGGCUGAAUCUCUGCCUCUGGAGAUGCUCACAUAUAUUCUGAGCUUCCUGCCUCUAUCAGAUCAGAAAGAGGCCUCCCUUGUGAGUCGGGCUUGGUGCUGUGCAGCCCAGAAUGCCCUUCGGGAGCAACCAGGCCUUACCUCCCUGGACCUCCGCGGCUGCUCAGAACUGGCUGACGGGGCACUCUUGGCUGUGAGCCGGGGCCUGCGGCGCCUGUGGCACCUGAGCCUGAGGAAGCUGCAGCAGCUGACGGAUGCGAGAUGCUCAGCCCUAGGGGGCCUGCGGGAGCUGCAGAGCCUCGACAUGGCCGAGUGCUGCCUGGUGAGAGGGCGGAAAUUGGCCCAGGCCCUGGGCUUGGUGUGCGGAGCUCCACACCCACUGGCCUCCCUCAGCCUGGCCUACUGCUCCUCACUCAAGCCCCACAGCGGGUCCAGCCCGGUGACGCAGGCACAAGCCACCUCUCCAUUGCCCUCUCCCUCUUCCACUUCCCUCCUAGGAUGCCUCAGCGCUCUCCCUGAUGUCAGCGCUAAGCCCAAGCCUCAGGGUGCUAGACUUAUCCCUGCGUGGCCCCUCACCAACCAGACCGUGCAGGCCAUCUGCACCUACCUCACCCACCUGUCAGUCCCGCGCCUGGCUUGGUGCAAGGAGCUCCGUGACCGGGGGCUUCUGGGCUUGGGGCAACCAAGUGAGGAGACUCUGCAGGGGCCGCAGGUGCGGGACCCUCGAGGUCAUGGUGGGCGGGGCGGCCCCUGGGCUCAGCUGCCCUCCUGCCCCUCCUGCGCCUGUCUCUGGGAACAGCUGAGGGCGAAACUCGGGAGGAAUCUGGGAAGCAGGGGCUUCCUCUCACAGCCUCCCCGAGAGCUGGGCAUCGGGCCUCCAGCCCCAAAAGGACCCUUCUCCCUGGCCACAGGUCCCGCCCCACUCAUGCUGCAGACCCUACGGGACUUGGACCUCACAGCCUGCAGCAAGCUGACUGAUGCCAGUUUGACCAAGGUGCUCCAGGUCCCCCAGCUGAGGCGACUGUCACUGAGCCUGUUGCCAGCACUCACAGACAAGGGCUUGCUGGCUGCGGCCAGAGGCUGCCCCAGCGUGGAGCGCUUGGUGCUGAGUCACUGCAGCCGCCUCAGCGACGAAGGCUGGGCCCAGGCAGCCGGCUCCCGGCCGAGGCUGCAGCACCUCAACCUGUCCAGGUGCAGUCAGCUCGCGGAGCAGUGAUGGCCUCCCUGCGGAACGCUGGGUUCCACUGGGCAGGCGUGCAAGCAGCUCCGGAUGGUAGGUGUGGCCAUGUGUCCUGGCAUCAGCAUGGCUUCCAUCAGGCGCUUCCAAGCCCAACUGCCUGAGGUGACCUGCGUCCAGUCCCGCUUCAUGGGAGGGGCUGAACUGACCCUAACACUCUGAGGCCAGGUCAGUAACCAGCCCUGUGGCUCAGCCUCUGUCACCUCCAGAGGCUCCAGCCCUGGCCUCUUGACCUGCAGUUUGACUCAGUGCCUCCCACCUCCCUCUGCUACAUGCCCCAGAGCCCCUUCCCCAAGCUAAAAACCCCUGUUCUAGGACUAAGGGUGGGACUAUAUCAGGGCAGCCCAAGGGGCUUCCUGCCCCAGUCUGCCCCACAGCCCAGCAGGAACCUUUUCCAGCUACAUGUCGCUGCCACAGGCCCCUGGAAAUGCCAGCUCCUGCUCUCCUGUCCAGGCCUGGGUCCAGAGGCCAGGCCCACAGGUGGGCUGGGUCUGGUGCUGGGAGGAACAGACCCUGUGCCUCUGGCCCUGCCUCUUCUCACACUAAGGCCUGUACUGUUCCCCACAGCCCUCCCAGCCCCCUACCAGCACUGAGCUUUAGCAGCCAAGCCACAGUCUUUGUUGUAUACCCAACAAGAUUAAAAAUUCCAGAUCUCACCUCCUUGUCUGAAGUUCUCAGACCAAAGGGCCCCUUGCCUCCCCACCUCAGAUGAAGCAGCCCAGCCCAGGGACAAUGUGUAGGAAACGCCAGAGGGACAGACAGUUUCUUC